CGGCACGCCCAGGCCCCCGCCUUCGCACUCACCUCGUACCCAACCUGGAGACUCCUAUCUGCAGGCGAUGAGGUGGCGUAGCGUCUAUGCGAAUUUUGUGAUGGAAUGGAAUUUGGUUUAAACCAACUUUCCUGUUGCGACAUGUUAAAAAGCUUCACGCUUAGAAGCCAGCGACGCUAUCCAUAAAUCUUUUGACACAUUGGAGCAAGAAAAGAAAAGAAAAAAAACAUUACCAGUGCUUCUCUUACAUCCAGAUGUUGCAGUGACACCGCCUUUUUUGUUUUUUACUCUCGUUUAAACCUGAAAUCUUAAGAAGAGCUACAACCAAGCAAGUUACUUGAUAAUGCAAGUUCAUGCACGUGCAUUCCUCCUAAAAAUGUGUGAAGAGAAUAAUUGUUUACCACUGCAGCCACAGGAUGCAUCAUCACUGUCAGAAAUUCAAAAUGAUUAGCAGAUUAAUUUGCUAUUUCUGUCACUGCAAGCAGACAUUGACAGAAAUAGAUGUGUGGCAAGAACAAGAACCACAAGUGCCAUCAGCACUGAGUCAACUGAGCUAAUUAGAUUGAGUCAGUUCCUGUUUAUAUUUUGACUUUCUAAUUAAGCUGUAAUGCCCCCAUAUUCUUUCCUGAAACAUGGUAGCAUUUUCUGUCUAAACUAUGAUCAAAAAUAACUUUGACAGACACUUGACAAAAACACACCCAAACCUUGUCUAACAUGUUUCUCAGCAUUUCGCUGUUUACAGCAAAAGUCCGCUGUUUGACUAAGCCUGUGCACUCUUAACAUGAUUCACUGAGAUCUUAUAAACACAGCACUUUUCAAAUUAGUAGACAGGAAAUGAAUGCAGUUUAUAGUCUCCAGCAUCUUUUGUUUUGUUAUUCCCCAGGCAGUUUUGGAAAGGCAUGAAAGAACUUUGGUCAAAGUGGUAGGAAAGUGAAAAAUGACGCACAUGGUAGAUAAAUUGCUUUAGUAAUAGUAAAUAGUUGUAGUAGAAGAACACUAUAGGUAAAAAUAAAUAAAUAAAUGAGUAAAUUAAAAGCUAAACUAUAAAUCCAUGUGAUAAGUGCAUUCAUGGAUUUUAUUUUGAUAAAUGAAAUAUUAGUACAAGACCAGACCUACUUAUGCAGCCUUGACAAAGUGGAUUUUCCUCAAGGGCUUGACUGAACUGCAGCCAACUUCAAGGAAGAAUCUCUCUGAAUCACUGUAAGAUGUAACGUUAACCACAAGUAGCUUUUAUUUUCUUUUAAUAUUUGUCUUUGUCUUUUAUGAUGCAUCAUUGUCACAUCACUGUCACAAGGGAUCUUUUAUUUAUUUGCUUUAUGCUUUUGAUAACUGUGAGUUGAGGGGUGUGUGAAUAACCUUAUUGCAGAUGAUAACACACAGACUGAAACUUGGCUGAAUGAGGUGCAACAGUGUGCAGGUCGUGUACCUAUAGAGCCCUGAGCAGAAUUUGGAGGUGGAGCUCAGUACUUGUAAUAAACUCCUGAGUGAAUUUUAGUGUUAAGACUGCAGCAGUUCAACUGACGCAUAGUUUGUCAGAACUGUUAGAAGUCACUCAGCAAUGACUGCAUUUACCCAAAAGAAAAAAAGCAGGACUAACAUUUUGCCAGUUCCUGAGAUAUCUUGUGACAAGACGGGAUGGAUUUCCACAUGUGUAGCCGUAAACAUCCUCUGUUUGAUGAUCAUGAGGAGCAGUUUCCACUCUAUAGGAAGAGACAUUUAAGAAACUGGUCAGAUAGAGUUCUACAACACAAUAGUCUGACGGCAAGCUGUAGUCACAGCUGUAUGUGUGAAGCUUGUGUGAACAGGAGGACGAAUCACCCUACUGCCUGCACAAGGCUCUCUGAGCAGACGACAUCCUGGGCCAACACACAAAAUUCUGUGAAGAAAGUUUUAGAGCAUCUCAAAUCCAAGCAAACCACUGAUUGCAUUUUCCUGGAUGACUCAGUAAACAGUAAGUUUUUAGCAUUUCACCGUGACAUCACUGAUGAAUGUGGCGCAGAGGAUAAACAGCAUUCUUGGGGAGUUAUCGAGAAACAGGAGGAGAUCAUCAUGUAUGGACCGUAUUAUCCCAACUACAACAAUGGCGAACACAGUGAGGACAUAAUUGUUAAACAAACCCAGGAGUUUCUGGAGUCAGGUGACACUUCUGAGGACUGGAAGGUGUAUGUCUUUACAGUAAACAGCCCCUGCUUGGCAAGAAACACUGAACCGUGCAUGUUAACACUGGUUCACAAGGCUCAGGAAUGGUGGCGUUUAUAUAGGGUGAAGACUCAUAUUGGCUUCAUCAGAUGCUGGGGCUUUAAAGGAACAAAAGAAAACCUGUACAAGGACAUCAACUACAGACAAGUGGAAUGCAUAAACCAAAGUGCAAACUAUGAAAGCUAUGUUAAAGUGUCUGAAAAAAUCACUGAUCUUAAUCCUUUGUGUAAAUCUGUGUUCUAUAUUGCUAAACACUUACUAGAAUCUGGACAAGAGAACUUUUCUUUGAUAUCAACUGUGCAAAAACAGGACUGGAGGAGUUACUUCAAAACUAUGAGCUCUAUUUUUGAAUCCAAACCAGAGGAUGAGAAAAAUCUCCUGACACAGGAACUGAACACUUCAUUUGAAGCUGCAGAGGUUCUGCUUUCAGGAAAAACUGAAAGUUUUGAGCAAUAUUUAGAAAGAGGAAGGACAUUUACACUCAGCUACGCUUUCAGCUCACUGGUAUGUGAUGCUGUUCAGACUGAAAUGAGACUCAGGUUUGAACAGUGUUGGAGGGAGAUGGUGCAGGACAAGUAUGCAGAGUUUAUCAGGGAGAAGCUGACUGAUGAAUUCAAUCAAUGUACCAUCCACCUUUUCAUCAAGGAUAUUCUGCAGUUCACAGAAAUGUAUUUAAAAAUAGGAAAAUUACAGUUUUAAAGUGAAGAUGAAAAUGAAGUCAAUCCUAAAAGGAACGUUACGUAUCUUUGUUAGUCAAUGGAAACAUUAAGCGACACCACCUUUUGCAUGUUUUAUACCAUGUAUAUCAUGUCAAAAUGCAUUGUCUUUAUUACUCUUAGUCUUUGCCUACAAUAUAUCGCAAAUGAUGUACAUAAUUAUACUGGAGUGGAAUUUUUACAUAUAAGCUCAUACAUUUGUUAUUUUUGUAAUUACAUGUGGUAGUAUCCCACAUUUACACUGGUUACCUCCAUGCUUGUCACAAGCAAAUUAAAUGCAUUGCUAACAGACUACAUUUUGAAUCCUUUAAACAUUUUAUCAAACAAAUAUCACAUAGUAAAUGACAAUUCUGAUCAUGCAGUUUUGAGUUCAGCCUGUUAUAAUAAAUACCAGUGAAAUUAUGUAGUAGAUGCACGUUUGAGCUGGAGUCAGCAGAGGGAGCUAAGUGUCUGCCAUUCAUCAUGCUCAGCAUUUCUAGGUAGUUUAUCAUGGGUUGUGCUUUGUAAGUGUUGUUACCAGUGGCGGGUAUUUAUUAGGCUUAAAUUCAAAUAAAUGUUCAGAGGGAUUAGAAACAAGAGGGCACAAGGGAACUGUUCUUAUUGCACUGAGUGGGAGAUCAGGUUUACUGAGGUAUUACAAGAAAUCAGGAGUGACACGAACAAAUUAACAAGGUAAACUAGCAGCUUAAACAUUUGUAGAAGUUUGGGUUUUUAAAUAUGUUUUUAGCUCACAUUCCCCAUAUCCUUACUUUCUGCAU